CUCAAUGGAAUCCCACGACUCACCUCCAAAAUGCUCAUCUUUUGCAAUAAGAGAAACAACAACUCACCACAAAAAGAUGGCCUCAUUAGAUCCUUCAAAUUCACCGCCAAACCACUCCUUUGCUCUAAGGGAUCACACCACCGGUCAAUGCUUCUUGAGAAGCCUCUCCACUAAAGAUGCCUCCUUCAAUGGCUUCCAUUGCUCCCCUCCUCGUUACAGCACUCCUUCUCCCCACAUUUCUUCUCCCCUAUCCUCUCCUCUCCGCGCUUUCGACCCUUCCGACCACGCCGUCGGCCUCGACACUUCAUAUAAAUGUCUGUCUUCGGUCCUUAAAAAAGAUGGUCAGGUUCUGUCCAUUGCCAUCUCGAACGGGGUCGUUUAUACCGGAUCGGAUUCGAACUUGAUACGCAUUUGGAAGUUGCCCGAGUUUUCGGAAUGUGGAGUGAUCAAGACUAAAGCAUCGACCGUCGUUGCUCUUGCGGUGUCACAUGAAAGGGUGUUUGCAGCCUAUGGUGAUACCAAGAUUAGGGUAUGGCGAAGAACAUGGGAGGGUACGUUGAAGCAUGUCAAGUUGGCGACAAUACCCCGGACCAGCGGAUAUGUCCGAAGCUACAUUUCCGGAAAAGACAAAAUGACGAGGCAUAUGGGGCCAAUAACAUCACUAGCAAUCAACGUAUCAGACAACAUUCUCUACUCCGCUUCCGUCGAUAAAACCGUGAAAGUUUGGAGAAUAUCAGACCUCAAAUGCAUCGAGAACAUCCCGGCACAUUCCGAACCCAUCAACUCGAUCGUCGUGGCAGACGACGGAAUACUGUACACCGCCUCCGACGAUGCCACAGUCAGGGUCUGGCGACGCAACUUUUGCCGAGGAGAAUGGCCUCAUUCGCUCAUGGUGACCUUACCGGCCAAAUGCUCGCCCGUCAAAACUCUAACACUGACCGCGGAUGGCGGAGUAUUGUACGGCGGCUGCACGGACGGAUACAUACAUUACUGGCUUAAAGGCUGGUUAUCGGGCCAACUACAAUACGGAGGUGCACUCCAAGGUCACACUCAUGCAGUCAUGUGCCUAGCCAGUCUGUCCAACUAUGUGAUCAGUGGCUCCGCCGACUCGUCUUGCAGGGUGUGGACCAGGGAACAUGAUGGUCAACACGUGUGUCUAGCCGUUUUGGUGGGCCAUAGGGGACCCAUCAGAUGUGUGGCUGCAUUUUUGGGACACUCGGGGGACGAGGUUGAAGAUGGUUGCACCAUCUGCAGUGGGAGCCUUGAUGGAGUUUUGAAGAUGUGGCGCGUAAAUCGUACCAAGAGUGCCGGUGGAGGCUUUGUAAAAAAUGAUUAUUUUGAGUUAGAUGAGGGAGUCUAAGUCACUUGAUUAGGUUCCCUGGAAUGUACAGUGUAAUUUGCUCAUCAUUUGAU